CAAAUGGAUGCUUUCUCCACAAUGGAGCAGCUUGUGUCGAAGUCAUCUCCUUAUUUUUAUCCCUUGUCAGUAGGAUUUACUGCUUUAGUCCUAAUUCUUUCAGUUAUUUUUACAUACAAAAGGUUUCUGCAAAACAAUCAACGCCCACAGUCCGUGAAUGAGAAGAAAAUGGACGAGAAAGCUACACAUUCACAACAGAAAACGCACACUGACCAGUCUCAAGUAGCCGAAGAUGAUGUUGCUCCUGGGGAAGUUGGAGAUGGAGAUGCCCCUCUGAUUUCUUCAAACCUUCAACCAGAGAUGGACCCCCUCACCUACUGUGAACACAUACAGAGUGAAGUGAAAAAGGCCAAACAGAGAGUGACUGCAAAGAAAUUCAACAAAGAUCUCACCGAGGAGCAGAUUGAGGAGGAAAGAGAAGUUCAGAGGAGACAACUCCAGUCGAUAUUCGAGUUGAUGCAGACAGAGAGUGACAGAUUUGGCAUUAGCAGUCUCGAAGAUGUCCAAAGUCAGAUGAAGCUUUAUGCAUAAUUACUGUCUCUUGAUAAUUUUCAUAAGUUUAUUCCCAUAUUUUUUUCAUUCUUGUAUUUCUGGUUCCUCAGAUAUGUUUGCAUUUCAGAAUACUACCAUAAAUGAAAAUUUAUGCUGAUUAAGAAAAUUAUUUUCUUCUAUGGCUUGUAAAUUUUUAUAAUUAGACGCAAUAAUGCUUCUGGCAAAAUGUUUAUAAACGACUCAUUACUGAAAUGAAGAGAGAGUUUUGAAAAUGAAAAUGCAUUUCCAUCACAUAAAACAUUCCAUCAUUUGUUCCUUUUUUUUUAUUGAAACUGAAAUUGACAUUCAGAACUUUAUUGUAAAAACUAAUUAUUAAGUUAUUGUUGUAUUUCAUUAGUGUUGUUACUUUGUUUAUGAUAUUGUCAUUAUUCUUACUUUGAAAUAACAUUAAAAAUAACAAUAAAAAACAGCUUUUUCGAAGGCCUACAUUUUGGUUAUAAGGAA